CAGACUAUAUAAGAGGGAAUCCAGGCUGAGAUUGCUUGAGCGCUACCAAGAUCCGCAGAUUCAAGGCCAAGAGAUACGGAUUAGGUAGCACGUGGGUGGUUGGCAUAGCUGUUCAGGGGCGAGCAACUGAGAUUUCCAUUUUCUUCUCCAGCUUCGUCUUCGUCUCGUCCUUCCUUUUAUCCCUCUGCCCUUGCGGCCGCUGGGCCCAUCUUCUAUCCCACUUUUUCAGUUCCAUUUCAUCUGCAUUGCUCUAGGGCUCCGACGCUGCCCAGAGGAUAAGGUCUUGGGCCAAAUGAUGGAACAAUAUCCUCACAGGGACCCCUACUCGAGAUCAAGGUAUGAACAGGGCAUUGACAGCAAGAUUGUCAUCAUGGGCAACUCUGGAGUCGGUAAAACCAGUCUGCUCCAACGAUAUACCCAAAACAAGUUUGAUCCCAAGAACACGACUUCCACGAGCGGUGCAUUCUUUGUAACGAAAAAGGUGCAUGUAAACGGGCUGAAGGUGCGUCUGCAGCUGUGGGACACAGCGGGGCAGGAGAGAUUUCGUAGCAUGGCACCCAUGUAUUAUCGAGGCGCCAACGCGGCCCUUCUCUUGUACGACAUAACCAAUGCUUCAACUUUCAAUGACAUCCGGGGUUGGCUAGAAGAGCUGAAGAAGAACUGUUCGCCGGAGCUGAUAAUAUAUAUCGUUGGUUCUAAGGCGGAUUUACAUCGCCACCGGCAGGUUACUUCGGACUUUGCACGUCUGUCUCUGCACAACUGGUUUCCGCCACCCCGACCGCCGCCUCCGCCUCCUCCGCCUCCUCAGCCGUCAACUCUAUCUUAUAUUCGGCCCCGAUUUACCUCCUUUCCAGGCAUACGCUCGCCCCCAGCAACACCUGUUACUCAGACACCACCAGAAACGCCGGCGUAUCUCGACCUGACUUCGGCUCGUUCUUCUAGCCUACAGCGUACUAGGACUACCAGUUCAAGAACAUCCGGACCGCCUUCAUCAAUUGCCCGCUCCACAGCAAACGCAACCGCUACUCGACCGCAACCUUCCCGUUUUGGUUCUCACUUUGGGUUCGCCGCCGGGGGCUGGAAUGAAGUGACUGAUUCUAGCAAUAGCAACAGCAUUGAGGAGGAUGACGAAGGCGCUGCCGAGGAAGAGGAAGAAGAAUGGGGGUUGAGCAAGGGCAUGGAGCUCUUCGAAGUUUCUGCGAAAGACAAUCUCGGCAUACAAAGCCUCUUCGACCAUUUGAUUGCUGCUAUCAUCCGAAUGAAGGAUCGAAUAGAAGAAGAGAAUCAACUUAAGAGGCGGGACAGCGUCUUCCUGUCAUCGACGGCGACGCCAACUUGGAGCGCUCAAGCUGAAGAGGAGGAAGCUCGUGAGAAAGCUGAACAAGCUACAGGGAGCUGGAGCUGUUGUUAGUUAUGCUGGCGCAGGCCGUCUCACCGUAUAUCCAUCGUCGUUCGUUGCUCUAUGAUUUUUUCUUUUAUUUUCCUCUUGAUGACCUUGCAUUUCCAUCAGCAAACCCACCGUCUUUGCAUUAUCUCUCCGCUUUCCUUACUACCACAUGUGCCACGCUUUCCUACCAUCUCAUUCAGUACAUAUCAUGAUCAUUCAUCUCGCUCCCAUUUCCCUGGUAUUGCUACCCGCUCUCUUAUUUUUCUGAGCUUUUGAGUUAUUAUACAUUAUAUCCUUACACUGCUACAUAAGUACGUACAUACAUGCCCAUGUCCAUGGUUAGGGAAUUCCUCUGGAAUACAACAGUACAGUAGGCUCACUUUGAAAUAUGAUUGAUCGAGAUCAGCCAUCAUAAUAAUCAAACGA